AUGGGGGUGGCACAUGGUGGGAGGCUGCAGGGACUCUGUCAGCACAGGGAGACUGCAACAAUUAAUUAUGAAGAUGACUAUGAGGACAACCCAGAAAAUGAAUUGUGUGAAUUUAAAAGCUAUAAACAUGAGGUGACAUACCAAAUUUACUCUUUCAUUUGUGCACUCGGACUAAUGGGCAACAUUCUAGUCCUUGUCACAUAUGCAUUUUACAAAAAAGCCAAGACCAUGACAGAUGUCUACCUAGUAAACGUGGCUGUGGCAGAUCUGCUGUUUGUUCUCGCCUUGCCUCUGAUCAUAUAUAAUGAGCAGUAUAACUGGAGCAUGGGUACCUGGGCUUGUAAGGUUCUACGAGGAAGCUACAGCAUUAACCUGUACAGCAGCUUGCUCCUGUUGGCCUGCAUCAGUGGAGACCGCUAUGUUGCCAUCGUUAAAGCAAGGCGAUCAUUUGGAAUUCGCUCCAGGACCAGGACAUACAGUCGUCUCGUCUGCACAAUCAUAUGGCUGUUAGCCUUCGUAUUAUCCGUGCCAACGUUCACAUUCUCAGAGCUACAAAACGAUUAUGGCAGUGUUAAUGAGACGAUUCAAGCUGGUGAGUGUGGCUUGACUUUCGCGACAAAUAGCACAGCACAACUGAUGAAAAUCUUCCUGCCUAGCAUGCAGGUAUCUGUGGGCUUCUUCAUCCCGCUGCUGGUGAUGGGCUUCUGCUACUGCAGCGUCAUUUUCACUCUCCUCAAAGCACAAAAUUACCAGAGGCACAAGGCACUGUGGGUGGUUCUGGCUGUAGUUCUGGUGUUCAUCCUCUGCCAUUUGCCCUAUAACAUCACGCUCCUGAUGCACACUGCUCGGAUGUUCAAAGAGAGAGACUGUGAGGCAGAACAGAACAUACACUUGGCCAUGUCUGUGACCAGAAGUGUGGCGUAUCUCCACUGCUGCCUGAAUCCCAUUCUUUACGCCUUCAUCGGAGUCAAGUUCAGGAACCAUUUCUGCCAGAUCGUUGAGGAUUUGUGGUGCUUAGGGAAAAAAUACUUCUCCUCCAGACCAUCCUCUCAACAAACCUCAGAACUCUACAUUUCUGCUCACAAAUCCAUCGCCGCAGCAAAUCCUGAGAAUCCCUCUUCAUUUACAAUGUGAGUCCGGCAAAUGACCAAACAUUCAUCUGGAUGUGGAAAAUAUCCUGCUUUAACUUUUGAAUUUGGUGCUUCAAAUCAGACUUUAUGGUAGCCUGAGGUUUGCCAGUAGUAAGUUUGAGUGAUUUGAUUUCAUGUAUAUAUAUCGAGUUCGUCACAUUGGUUUCAUUUUGGUGUUUGAACCACAUUUUGGUUGGUUGUUCUGA